CUCACACGGACCUCCCCCCUUGGCCCCUAGCACGCCCGCGUCUUCUUGCAAUGGCCGAAGCAACAGAUGUCCCGAGGGAGGCCUCCGAGUCAGGAAGGCAGCUGUGGCACAACGGCCGUUUCAAAGAGAUGUAUGCAGCGCUGGGGCACUGCCUUGGAAGCGGUGGCAUGGGCACCGUUUGGGCUGCCCGCGUGAGCGACGCCGCGGCCUCCAGGUGGAGAGGCCGCUGGGUGGCAGUGAAGGCGAUUCCCAUCCUGCUUCCAGAAUCUCGGGAGGCCCGCGCCCUGCAUCAAGGCCUGCGGGAAUGUUUGUCCACCUUCCAAGACCUCAGUUCGGCCCACGUGGUUCGCUAUGAGACUUACUGGUUCGAGGACCCCGAGCACUUGCCGGAGGAGAUGCAGCAAUUGCACCGGCCCCGCGAGAAGGCGCAGUUGAAGAAAGAGGUCCAAGAGGACAGCGCUUGGGUGUCUUCGUUGCGCUUUCGGGCACCUCCGACGGGUAGUGCCUUGAGGCGCACUCGCAGCAGCGAGGUGUACCCCACCCCGCCGAACCUCAGCAGCAGCUGUGGGUUCAUGUGGGAGGGCUCCCUCCGCGAGCUCACGCCGCCGGCCACCCCCCGCGGCAAGGUGUUGGCAAAGGCGGAUGCCUCACGGCGAGAGGAUCGAUCAACAUCGCGCAGAGUAGUGCUACUCAUCGAGAUGGAGCUGAUGGGUCCCCAACCGGGAGCUCCUCCACGAGAGGAGGAGAGGCAGACGAUGACGCUGCGGAGCUGGCUGCAGAGCUCUAGUCGGACGCUGUCGGAGGCGGCCGACGUCUUCGGCAUCCUCAUGCUGAGCGUGCGGCACAUCCACCGCAAGCGCAUCGUGCACAGCGACCUGAAGCCAGACAACAUCUUCUGCGUGGCGCAGCGGUCAAAGGUGAAGGUCGUUCGCAUCGCGGACUUCGGCUUGGCCGGAGAGAACCAGCUCUUCAGGCAGUUUGAUACAUUUUCCUCCAACAUGCUGCGCUCUGGUAGUGGCCUGGCAGGAGGGACUCCUGGCUACAUCGCGCCGGAGAUUUUCAUGUCCGGUCGGAAAGGGCAGGAUGCCUGCUCCGACAAAGUUGACAUCUAUUCAUGCGCAGUGGUCCUGCUGGAGCUUCUUCUGCAGCCUUUCAGGACUCAGAUGGAGCGGGUGAUCACGCUGGACAAAUUCAACCAGCACAAGAUCGUGCCUGGUUACAUCGCCGUGCGGCUCCCGAAGACGCGGAGCCUGCUGCAGGGCAUGGCAGAGAGCGACCCGGCGGCCAGGCUAUCUGCUGAAGAGGUUUGCAAGCGCUUCGACAAGGAGGCGCGGAAGGAGCUGUGCCGCUCGGCCAGCCAGCUCUGCUGCGACUCCAAUCCCGCUUGGGAGAAGUGCGACGCCAACCCUGCAGGAGAUGCAAAGCGCGAGGAGCCGAAGCGCCAGGGCCGCCGGCGCCGGAGGAACUGAGCGCCGGAGGGGCGAACUUGCGGUUUCGGUUUGUCUCGAGGGCGGGCGGGGCUCGACUGGAAGCUCUGAAACCCAGCGACUCAGCC